AUGGCUCGUACGAGGGGCAAGAGUCCCCAACCGCCAGUCAAGGCUGCAACGCCUGUGACUGAGAAACAGCAGCCCAUUGCCGUCACCGUCAAAUCCAAGAACAAGUCCAAGAACAAGAUCACUUCGUACCAAUCCGAAGGUGUUGAGGAUCACGAUGUCUUCCUCCUCCCAGUUUCCGAUUACUGGGUAGUCUUGGCUCUUAUGGUUCUUGCUACCGCUGUCCGCGUCUAUAAAAUCUACCAGCCCACAAGCGUUGUCUUCGACGAAGUCCACUUUGGUGGUUUCGCUACCAAGUACAUCAAGGGCAAGUUCUUUAUGGACGUCCAUCCUCCCCUGGCAAAGAUGCUCAUCGCUCUCACCGGAUGGCUGGCUGGUUUCGACGGUGGCUUUGACUUCAAGGAAAUUGGCAAGGACUAUAUUGAGCCUGGAGUUCCCUACGUUGCGAUGCGAAUGUUUCCUGCUAUCUGCGGUAUCCUCUUGAUUCCUUGCAUGUUCUUCACUCUUAAGGCUGUUGGGUGCCGCACUAUGACAGCUACUAUGGGUGCUGGCUUGAUCAUCUUUGAAAACGGUCUUCUCACACAGGCUCGCCUCAUCCUUCUCGAUUCUCCCCUCGUCGCUGCGACCGCUUUCACCGUCCUUGCCUUUUCGUGCUUUACCAAUCAGCACGAGCUUGGUCCUUCCAAAGCUUUCCAGCUGAGCUGGUGGUUUUGGCUUGUCCUUACAGGUCUCGGUCUGGGUAUCACCGUGAGCAUCAAGUGGGUUGGACUCUUUACCAUUGCUUGGGUUGGCUCCCUCACUCUCGUCCAGCUCUGGGUUCUUCUUGGCGACAACAAGAAUGUGUCCAUGCGUCUGUUCACCAAGCACUUCAUGGCUCGAGUAUUCUGCCUUAUCAUUAUCCCCGUGACUUUCUACAUGGCCAUGUUCGCCAUCCAUUUUGUCUGCCUCCAGAACCCUGGAGAUGGUGACGGCUUUAUGAGCUCCGAGUUCCAGGCCACCCUCAACAAUAAGCGAAUGAAGGACGUUCCCGCCGACGUCAUGAUGGGCAGCCGUGUCACUAUCCGCCAUGUCAAUACCCAGGGUGGCUAUCUGCACUCUCACCCUCUUAUGUACCCUACUGGCAGCAAGCAACAGCAGAUUACACUGUACCCUCACAAGGAUGACAACAAUAUCUGGCUUCUUGAGAACCAGACCCAGCCCCUUGGAAUUGACGGCCAACCCAUCAACGGUACCAAGGCCUGGGAUGCCCUUCCUGAGCCUGUUCACAUCAAGGACGGUGCCGUUGUUCGUCUUUACCACAGCCCAACCCACCGCCGCCUGCAUUCGCAUGACGUCCGCGCCCCUAUCACUGAGGCUGACUGGCAAAACGAAGUUUCCGCCUAUGGUUACGAAGGAUUUGAGGGUGAUGCCAACGAUCUUUUCCGAGUCGAGAUUGUUAAGAAGAAGACUCGAGGUUCUGUCGCCAAGGAGCGUCUCCGAACCAUUGAAAGCAAGUUCCGUCUUGUCCAUGUCAUGACUGGCUGUGUCCUGUUCUCUCACAAAGUCAAGCUUCCUGAUUGGGCUUCUGAGCAGCAGGAAGUGACUUGCGCUCGUGGAGGCACUCUGCCAAACAGUUUGUGGUAUAUUGAGGGCAACUCUCAUCCCCAACUGCAGGGUGAUGUUGAGAAAGUCAAUUACCGAAACCCCGGCUUCUUUGGCAAAUUUUGGGAGCUCCAGAAGGUCAUGUGGCGAACCAACGCCGGUCUCACCGACUCUCACGCUUGGGAUUCUCGACCUGAGUCUUGGCCUAUCCUCCGCCGUGGUAUCAACUUCUGGGGACGCCAGCAUACCCAGGUUUAUCUCCUUGGUAACCCCAUCAUCUGGUGGUCCUCCAGCGUCGCUGUGGCCAUCUGGAUUGUCUUUAAGGCAAUUGCUGUCCUUCGAUGGCAACGCAGCUGCAACGACUAUGCCAACACUACCUUCAAACGCUUCGACUACGAGAUCGGUACAUCAGUUCUGGGCUGGGCUCUGCACUACUUUCCCUUCUACCUGAUGAAGCGUCAGCUCUUCCUUCAUCACUAUUUCCCCGCGCUGUACUUCGCAGUCAUUGCUCUUUGCCAACUUUUUGACUACGCUACUGCCCGCGUUCCUGGUGUUGGUGCUCGUGAGACAUCUGUCAUCAACCGCAUUGCUACUGUCUCUUUCCUUGUUCUCUCGGCUGCCGUCUUCACCCUCUAUUCUCCUCUUGCAUACGGCAGCCCUUGGACUAAGGCGGAUUGCAAGCGCGUCAAGCUCUUCAGCACCUGGGACUUUGAUUGCAAUACUUUUUACGAUAGUUAUGACAAGUAUAGCGAGGUCCCAUCAAUUAGCUCUUCAGUCGUUCCCACAACUGCAGCAGUCAAAAAGGAAGAGCCUAAUAAGGAAGCUCCUGUGGCUCAACAACAAGAGGAAGCUGUUAUUUCUGGAGCCCCUCCUCCUCCUGAUCAGUCCCAUGUGGAGCAUCGGGUGGUUGCCAAGGAGGAGAAGGUUGAAUAUCGCGACCAGGACGGUAACCUUCUUGAUCCCGAGGAGGUGAAGGCCCUUGAGGGCAAGGUUGAGUUUAAGACCAAGUAUGAAACUAAAACCCGCGUCGUUGAUGAGCAGGGCAACGAAGUCGAGGAACCCGCCGAAGGUUGGGACCAGAACCUCGGCGCCGGUGUUGCCCCUCCUCACCCUGAUGUUGAAGGUGUCAACAGCGAGACUGUCAAGGGCAACGUCGAAGAAGCGGCCGUUCCUCAAGACGCUGCCGCCAGCAAGGAUGGCGAGAAGGAGGCCGAGGAGGUCAAGGCCAAGCCUGCCAGCGAGAACCAACAGGAUGCUACCGUUAAUGAUGAGCUUUAA